AGAAACUGCUGAUUUAUAUUAUCCAUGUUUCCCUUUACAGCGCCGUUUAUGAGCCUGCUUUACUUAUGCCUGAGAAGUCUGUAGAGGUGCCAAAGGAGACAGGCUCCUCAUUGCACUUCAGCAUCCUGCAACGAAAGCCUGCCCACAUCUGGGAGAGCCGACCAUGAGCCUUCAGGCCAGGGAAUGCCUGGCUGCAGCCUCGUCCUCGAGAACAACAGCACAGGCAGGAAAACCCUUUAGCUGUUGUGCCUGCCCGAGCAGGGACAGAUCAGCAUUUCCAAACCUCGCAGGCAGCUGAGGGAUGUUCACAAGGCUGGUGGGAGCAGGGCUGCCCCAGCCCGCUCCCAGAUGUGCAGCUCACUUCGCUCCCGCUGUUGCCAUCGUGCCAGCAGCUGCCAGCCCAUCCUCCUGACUUGGUGUCUGCCGUCGGCAGCCUCUUUCUGGAUGAGGGCCUCUAGGCAGACAUUUCUUAAUUUAUUCUGCAUCCUCUGGCUGCUGCUGCUGCUGAAGGCUGCCUCUUGCUCCCCUCUGCCCAGCGGAGACGACACACCGCAUCCUUUGCUCCCCUCCAGGCUGUACAAAGGACACACCUGUGUCGGAUGUGUGCUUGUGGUCUCUGUGAUUGAACAGCUUGCACAGUGGCACAACAGUACAGUAAAGGCAGCUGUGGAGAGACUGUGCAACUACAUACCUGAAAAACUGCAAGGUUUCUGUUACAUCCUUGCUGAACUUUACGGACCUCACAUAGCUGAACUCAUAGACAGGGAAAUGAAUGCUGAUGUGGUCUGCCAUUCCUUGAGGCUGUGUAAACAGGAUCCAGGACAACCACUUUGUCAUCUUUACCCUCCUCCCAAGGUGGGACUGAGUACUGCAAUAUGGAAAGCAAAAAGGAUUUUGAAGACUUCCAAGGAUCUGAAAAGCACCACGAGGUUCUCAAAUCUAUGUGCCUUUCCUCUUCUGGCUAACCUAUGUGAGAAGAUUAAAUAUGUCAUAAGAAACAAACUACCUUUUGAAGAUUUUGAUGGAGAUAAAUUUAGUACUUUCCCAACAUUGCGGGGCUAUCACUGGCGAGGCAGAGACUGCGAUGACAGAAACACAAUCGUGUACCCUGGCAGACGUCCUGAUAAUUGGGAUGUGAAAAGUGACUCUAACUGCAAUGGCAUAUGGGGUGUGGAUCCAAAGGAUGGAAUUCCCUAUGAGGAGAAAUUCUGCAAAGGUGCAGACUCACGAGGUGUUGUGCUGUUGGGAGACUCAGCUGGCGCGCAUUUCCACAUCCCCCCUGAGUGGAUGACCGUCACGCAGAUGUCAGCGAAAUCAUUUGCUAACCUCCCCAUGGCUUUCACUGACGAGCUUGACUGGCCCCAGUUCUCAGAGAUCACUGGGUUCCUGAACUCUACCAUUGGAGGCUGGACAGACUCUCUAUAUCUACGUUUACGCAGGAGAAAUCGCUGUAAUCACAGAGACUUACAGAACAUUUCCCAAAAUGGUGGUUCUUCAAGAAAUCUCCUCAAUUUAAUGAAAAGCUUGGCCAGAAACCAGCUAUUGGACAAUCCAGCCAUAGUUAUCUAUGCUACAAUUGGGAAUGACGUCUGCAACGGGAACCAUGACACCCUGGCUCACAUGACGACCCCCAAAGAAAUGCUCUCCAAUGUCAUGCAAGCUCUGCGUUACCUGGACUCACGGCUUCCGAACGGCAGCCACGUGAUUUUAACAGGCUUGGUGGAUGGACGCUUCCUCUGGGAUAAUCUGCAUGACAGAUACCAUCCUCUAGGGCAGCUGAACAGAGACAUCACCUACAGCCAGCUUUACUCUUUCCUCAACUGCCUCAAGGUGAGCCCCUGCAAUGGCUGGCUGACUCCCAACAAGACACUCAGGAACCUGACCUCAGAGAGAGCCUUACAACUUUCCGAUGUCCUGAAAGAAAUAGCGAGAUCUGAGAAAUUUGCCAACUUCGAUGUUUUCUACAUGGAUUUUCCACUGAGACAAACGGCCGAGGAGUGGCGCAAGAUGGGUGGCGAGCCCUGGCAGCUGAUCGAGCCGGUUGAUGGCUUCCACCCCAGCCAGAUUGCUGCAGCCCUGGGAACAAGCAUUACCUGGCAGAAGGCACUACACGAAUGGCCUCAGGUGCUUGGAAAGGAGAAUCCAUUCAAUGACCAGAUUGAAGCUAUAUUCAAAGAUCAAGGUGGACACUGACUCCCAAACUGCCAGAGCCACGGUUCACAGGGGUGCUUCCUGGUACAUUCCAGAAAACAACAUGAUUAGAGACCAAAACAAAAGGAAACAGAGGGCACAAGAGCCACUCUUAUUUUUGUUGUUGUUGUUCAAAAUAGCAGUACAAAGAGAUGGUAGUGCUGAAGUUAGCAUAGCAGCAUUCUUUUCAGUGCUGUAUCUUAACUGCAAAGUCACCCACCUGUACAAGUAGACUGAGCUUUUUCUUUGGAGUUACAAAAAUAAAAUAAAAUCAAAGGAUACCUGCCAGCUAGACCAUUCAUUGUACUGGUUUGCAAAUGCAUAAUGCGAUUGUUUCCACAUACAGCAACCCCCCAGCCCUACCUCAUUGUUUUCCCUGCAGAACCGUAUUUCUGGGCUUUCCAUUUGUACCUUUCAACAGUUAAUUUGAUCCCAAAAGGGGUGGGAGGGGGAACCCAACCUAAUCUUGUUGCUGUGAGUUGUAUACAUGUAAUUUCCUCAACUGUCAAUAUGUUAUUUAGCUGCUAUUUGCUUAUUAAAACGUGCGAGGAAUAACAAGA